AUGAAACGAGUCUCCAACAAACAGAAUGUACUGAAGCGUCUUGCUGGUAGCGAAUGGGGUUGUGCUCGCUCAACUCCCAGCACCACUUACAAGAUGUUUAUUCAGCCAAUAAUGUUGUAUUGCUGUGAAAUAUUCAAAGGCACACAACCAAGCAUUACGACUAAUUACUAG